AUGUCAAACCUAGUCCACGGGGCGCGCUGCAAUCGAAUAUCUAGUGUUGUGAAACGGACUAUAGCUAAAUUGACGGAAUUAGCAGGUAGAUGGGAUCGAGUGUUACAAAAGGUAGAAUUCGCUAUUAAUAACACAAUACACAGCUCCACGGGUCAAAGUCCUAGCAUGUUAUUGUUUGGUGUGCACCAAGUAGGCGAAAUUAAUGACGAAGUGCGAAGGAUACUAGAAAAUUCCAUGACCGAUAAUCCGCGCGAAAUGGAGGAACUGAGAGCUAAGGCGGCUGAACGAAUAAUUAGAUCCCAAGAAUCGAAUGUAAUCCAAUAUAAUGCAAAGCGUAAGGAACCGACGAUUUACAAGGAAGGCGACUAUGUGAUGAUAACAAAUGUGGAUGUGACGGUAGGACAAAAUAAAAAGUUAAUACCAAAAUUCCGAGGACCGUACGUGGUAAAGAAAGUGUUGGACCGAGAUAGAUACAUAGUAGGUGAUAUAGAGGGGUUUCAAUUAACUCAGCGUCCGUACGAAGGUAUUGUUGGACCGGACCGGAUGAGAAUGUGGAUUCGUGUUUGA